CAGUUCUCCUGGCGUGGUUGUGUUUACAAGUGUCUCGUUUACGUGCCGCUUGUCGUGCAAUUACGUAAACAAACAGAACAGCUAUCUGUCAUCGAAGUGGAGAAGAAGUCAAAACUGCCUGUUUUUGAAAGACGUGAGCAUGAAGCAAGACAGUGAGGCUGUGAACGUCCCUGCAUAUUUCAUAUCAAACCAUGAAGGCUUUCUUGGAAGCAUCAAAAACAUAAUUGAAGACUUUGUGGUGACUGAAAUUGACAUUAAUGGGAAAUAUGUAGAAACAGCAGCAGCCACACAGACACCAGGUUCUGCCUGCUCUGAUGAAAAAACCUGUGCAAAUUUUAAGGAGAAUAGUCAUUGUUUAGUGUCGCAGGACAGUGAUGUUUCACCAGAGUGGGGGGUAGAUACCCCGCUGCCAAGUUUAGGGAGUUUUGAUUUAGACGUCAUUUUAGGCCAGUCAGUCAGUGAAGAACUUGAACAGUUUGUCUUGACUCUCAGAGAUAAAAAUCCAGCUGAGCUGGAGCUUUCUCUGGGAUCCUUCACAGACAAACACCAGAGAGCCAGUGUCCACCGGGCCAUCAGGCACCGAUUCCCCUUCCUCAUGACUGUCACCAUUCAGCCAGAGAUCAGGGUGAGGGAAGACCCAGACUACAGAGAGCUCUCUCGACUGGUCAAAGAGGAUGAAGCAGAGGACUUUUUCAGGUUUAUAGAUGCCAAAGUGCAAGGCUCAUCUUAUACAUUUGGACCUGAUGACAAUAAGGAGCACAGGACAGCGGUCCAUCACUUUCUGAACCGAAGGUUUGGGAAGCUGGUGGAGACGAAAAGCUUCAUUGACCAGGGGAGGACGUCAAUAUCAGUCAGGCUGAGAGAGAACCGGAGGCCGAAGAAGAGAACUGCAGAGGAACGCAAGGAAGAAGAUAUUUACACUGCAUUCACACUGUGUAAGGAGAACUUAGAGACUCUAGAGGCCAUCAGCUACAUGGCGGCCGCUCUCGGGAUCCUGCCAUCGGAUUUUACCUACGCUGGGAUCAAGGAUAAGAGGGCCAUCACCUACCAGUCCAUGGUGGUCAAGAAGAUCUCACCUCAACGGUUGAAAGAGAAGACAGCUGACUUUGAGAAGAAAGGGAUGCACCUGUCUCAGGUCCGCUCUGUCAGCGAGCCUCUCAGGCUGGGACGACUGCAGGGGAAUCACUUUGACCUGGUUGUCCGCAAUCUCAGACCCCACGGAGCAACUGACACACACUCCUCGGGUGCAGAAAUACACACUCGCCUGGCAGCCCUCGUAAAAGAAGCAGUGGAGAAUGUCAAGACCAAAGGUUUUGUAAACUACUACGGACCACAAAGGUUUGGGAGUGGACAGAGCGUUCAGUCGGAUCGAGUGGGAUUGGCUCUGCUGAAAGAGGACAUGGUGAGUGCUGUGCAUCUGUUCUUCACUCCAGAGGAAGGCGAUGAUCCUCAGAGCCAAGCAAAGCAACACUUCCUCCAGACAGGUAAUGCUAAAGAGGCUUUGGCAUUGAUGCCGCUGUCCAAGCCCAGAGAGCGGCUCAUGCUUCGAGCCCUGAACCGCUAUGGUACCGGUCCAGGUGGUUGUGUCCAAGCCUGGCUCAGCCUGCCCCACAGCAUGAGGGUUUUCUAUCCUCACGCCUACUGUAGCAGAGUGUGGAAUGAAGCAGCGGCACACAGGCUAGCAACGAUGGGUCACUGUGUCAGAAAAGGAGAUCUGGUGUGGAUGCAGACAGGGCAAAGCAACAUGCAAGACACUGCAGGAACCAGCUCUCCACAGAUCCACGUGGUGACAGAUGAAGAAGAGCAGGCAAGGGUUUACACAUUACAACAGGUGUUAUUACCAAUGCCAGGAAACACGGUGAAAUAUCCAGAAAACACCAUGGGGACUUGGUACAAGGAGAGACUGGCCAGAGACGGACUGAGCGACUGCAGAUUCAGAGUCAGCAGCCUGAAACUGAACCUGCCUGGCUGCUACCGCCCCCUGCUGGCAGUCCCACACAACUUCAGCAACCGGCUGCAGAGAGCAGCCAGCGCUGAUGGUGGAGGACUUCAGACUUCAGAAUCCAACUCCCUCAUACUCACCCUAAACUUUGACCUGGACUCCUCCUGUUAUGCUACCAUCUGCCUCAGAGAGAUCAUGAAGUGUGACCCUUGAAAAUGUAGUUGAUGUUUUGUUUUUCAUUGUCAGUGACUGUAAUACAUCAUGACUUUGGUUUGUUGUACUCAGAAAAAGAACAUGACUUCACAUAAAGAAACAUUAGAAUGUGCAGUUGAUGAAAUGUGUACUGAAACGGUGCCACUGCCAAAUGUGAACAAAUUUAAGUGUACAAGUGUGUAAACUGUGAGUCUUCUGUGCUUUCAAUAAAAACUAGAUUAAUCAAAAACA